CAACGUGGCGGCGGUGGGAGGGCUCAGGCCCCAGCCGUGGGGAAAGUUCCUCGCCACUGCUACAGCAGGCAGUUGACCAGGACGUGCCAGCAGCCUGCGCUCGCUAGCUAUGGGCCAUCGCCCACCUGUCCUCCUGCUCUGUGCCUCCGUGUCUCUGCUGGGUGGCCUGACCUUUGGCUAUGAACUGGCUGUGAUAUCUGGUGCCCUUCUACCACUGCAGCUGGACUUCGGGCUGAGUUGCCUGGAACAGGAGCUCCUGGUGGGCAGUCUGCUCUUGGGUGCACUCCUCGCUUCCCUGUUUGGGGGCUUCCUCAUUGACUGCUAUGGCAGGAAACGAACCAUCCUGGGGAGCAAUGUGGUGCUGCUGGCUGGCAGCCUGAUUCUGGGUCUGGCCGGCUCCCUCUCCUGGCUACUCCUGGGCCGCUCGUCUGUCGGCUUUGCCAUCUCGCUGUCUUCCAUGGCUUGCUGUAUCUAUGUCUCGGAGCUGGUGGGACCGCGGCAGCGGGGUGUUCUGGUGUCUCUCUAUGAGGUGGGCAUUACUGUGGGCAUUCUGUUCUCUUAUGCCCUCAACUAUGUCCUGGCUGGCAUCCCUUGGGGCUGGAGGCACAUGUUUGGCUGGGCGGCUGCACCUGCCCUCCUGCAGUCGCUCGGCCUCCUUUUCCUCCCUGCUGGUGCACAGGGCACGGCGGUCCACCAAGACCUCAUCCCGCUCCAGGGAGGGGAGGCCAGCAAACCAGGCCUGAGGAAGCCACGGUACACCUUUCUGGACCUCUUCAAGACCCGGGACAGCAUGCGGAGCCGGACCGUAGUGGGACUGGGACUGGUGCUAUUCCAGCAGCUAACAGGCCAGCCCAACGUGCUGUAUUACGCCUCCACCAUCUUCCGCUCCGUAGGCUUUCAUGGAGGCUCCUCAGCUGUGCUGGCUUCCGUGGGGCUUGGUACUGUGAAGGUGGCUGCCACCCUGACUGCCACGGGGCUGGUGGACCGAGCGGGUCGUAGAGCCCUUCUACUCUCUGGGUGUGCUCUUAUGGCCUUGUCUGUCAGUGGCAUAGGCCUGGUCAGCUUUGCUGUGUCUCUGGACUCAGGCCCCGGUUGCCUGACCGUAUCCAACGCCAGUCGGCAGAUAGACCUGCCUCAAAGCUCGGGUCUGCUUAAGGGUUCAUCUCCAUCACUAGUGCUACGCACCAGUGAGGACCAAAACCAACCAGUCCUGCCAAUAACUGAGAGAACCAAGCCCCAUCCAGUCACCACAGUGUCCCUGGGACCAGCUCUGAAUGCCGCCUCCCCAGUUCCCCCAGGUCCCAUCUUGAAGCACACCCUGCUAUGUUGGUCUGCGCUAGUCUGCAUGAUGGUCUACGUGAGUGCCUUCUCCUUUGGAUUUGGACCAGUGACCUGGCUGGUCCUCAGUGAGAUUUACCCAGUGGAGAUUCGAGGGAGAGCCUUCGCCUUCUGCAGCAGCUUCAACUGGGCGGCCAAUCUCUUUAUCAGUCUUUCCUUCCUCGAUCUCAUUGGUGCCAUUGGUUUGGCCUGGACCUUCCUGAUCUAUGGGCUGACUGCUGUCCUGGGGCUAGCCUUCAUCUACUUGCUUGUUCCUGAGACAAAAGGACAGUCACUGGCGGAGAUAGAGCAGCAGUUUCAGAUGAACAGGUUCCCUCUGCGCUUUGGCCACAGGCAGAACCCCAGCACUAUCCAGUACCACCGCCUGGAGGUCUCCUCAGCCUCCUGAGGGCCCCAUCUGCUUGGAAGGUGCUGGUACAUUGGUUUCUGCAGUUCCAGCUCUCCAUCUGCUAGGGCCUGGAACUCAUGAUCCAAGUUUCCUUCCAUAGUGACCCCUGCCCUAGAGGGUGCCUCUUGCUGGGUGAGAGAUGAACCCCCAACUCUUCCUUUUGGGUGUGAGAUCCCGAGGACUCUGGAAGGUCUAGCUGCAAACGUCAGGGUUCCCAUGGAGUAUUGUUUGUAGUAACAUUCUCUUUGUUCUCUUCACCAAGGGCUUCUCAGAUGACCUGGGACGGAAGUGUCCCUCCUCACCAGCCCUGAGCCAGCAGAGGCUGCAAGUCUCUGCCUUCUUUGUCCACUUGCCAGGGUCUUAGUGAUCAGGAACCUGUUUUGGUCGCUCCCUUCCUCCUGUCCAGGAUAUUUAUCAGGCACUGGGACUCUGACUGGGGAGAGGCUGUUGCUAAGAUGGCUUUAUAACCCUGGUCUCAGUUGUCCCCGUGUGUCCCAAAGAAGCCUGGACUAGCCCGCUGCUAACUCUCAGACCAGGGACAUAAACACUCAGUGAGGGUCCUGUCACGUGGCCCUGGGACAGAAGCUUUAUUAGUAGGGAGUGUACCUAGAUUUGAGAGUCUAGCAGCCUGGAAUGCAAGAGCUAGUCUCCAUCAUGUGGGAAGUGCCAGGGUAGGUCAGGGGACUUUGAAGGAAGAAAGAAAGAAGGGCUUGGAAGGAUUCACUGGUGUUGGUGAUUAUUACUUCUACUUUGGGUGCUAUUGACUCCCCAAGCCUCAAUUUCUCCACCUGUAGAAUGGGCAGAGUUGUGCCCUUCUGGAUAUGUUGAUUUACCCCAUCUCUCUCAGGAGUCCUGGGGGCUUCUGCUCUCUGUGUUACGCAGGACACCUCCUUUGGUGGCAUUGUAAGGGGUCAGUCAGCUGGAGUUUAGCAAGUGGUUUAGGUCAGAGGUCACAUAAGGACAUAAAAAAGACAGAGUUGGUUGCUGAACACUGGGUAGCUGGCCUCACUGGCAGUGUAAGCCACACCCUUCUGGUUUCCAAGCCUGGUCCAGUGACCUUGCUCUUUUUCUAGAUAUUUAAUUUAUAGUCAGUGGUGUGCUGGAUUCAACUUGUGCUGGCUCCUCAGAGCUGACUGGCACACGGUCAAGAUUUCUGCAGAUUGGUUGAUAAGCACUGCCAUUACUUUUUAAAAGAUGUUUUAAUUUAUAAUAAACAAUUAGUGUAAUCCUAAUAGCCAAUACUCAGACUUCAUCUUCUCCAACCAGCAGAAGCUAGAGGACUGAGCAUUCUAGGCCAGUCUGGCUUUAAACCUUGUCUAACUAGGUAAAUACAAAAACCCGUGUUGCCACCUCCUAAUUUCUCUGCCGCAUUUCUCCCUCCUCUGGGCUGCUGGGUCAUCCUCACGUGUGUCCGAUGGAGACAGCAGAAGGUACCAUGUGUUUUACUGGUCCUGCAUUCAGUGCCUUCACAGGAAAUACCAGGCUGUGUCUUUACAUCCCAGAGGUUAGGGGACACUGCAGACCAGGGCGUGGUCUAUGGUUUGGCUGAUUUUUCUGGAGAUGAGAACUGUGGGGUCAGGGGGUAAGGUGCCUCCUGCGUGUAGCCGGGAUAUUGAAAACAGCACAGAAAACGGGGUGUGUGUGAAAAUCCUUCCACUCUAGUCAGUUCAGCAAACACUUGUUCGUGGCCUUGAUGGAGGGAGGGGUUCUGGUAUAUAUCUGACCUUUGGAGAUGUGUAUCCGCGCGUCUGUCGCCUAGCCCCAACUGCACACUGACUGUUUAUGGAACACUCUGUAGACAAAAGGUUU